AUGUCGCGCUCGAACGUGAUUGUGCUUGACAAUGGCACAGGAUACACCAAGAUGGGCUUUGCCGGUAACUCGGAGCCGUCGUUCGUAUUUCCGACGGCGAUCGCUACGCCUUCGUCGAGCGGAAAGAGCACCGGCGCACGUCCGGCGGUGCCGACCAAGCCCGGCGGCCUAACGAACUCGUCGCUGGCCUCGAAGCGCGGCAUCGAGGAUCUCGACUUCCACAUCGGCUACGAAGCGUAUGCCAACAGCAAGACGUACCAGGUCGACCAGCCGAUCCGGCACGGCAUCGUCGAGAACUGGGACCACAUGGAGCGCUUCUGGGAGCAGUGCAUCUUCAAGUACCUGCGCGCUGAGCCGGAGGACAACUACUUUAUGCUCACUGAGCCCCCGCUGAAUCCCCCGGAGAACCGUGAGGCGACGGCCGAGAUCAUGUUUGAGUCGUUCAACAUCAAGGGUCUGUACAUUGCGGUGCAGGCCGUGCUCGCCCUCGCCGCGAGCUGGACCAGCAACAAGGUGAACGAUCGCACGCUCACAGGUACGGUGAUCGACAGCGGUGAUGGUGUCACACACGUCAUUCCCGUGGCCGAAGGAUACGUGAUUGGCAGUGCGAUCAAGCACAUUCCUCUCGCCGGCCGCGACAUCACCUACUUUGUGCAGCAGCUCCUGCGUGAGCGCGGCGAGUCGGCCAACAUUCCGGCCGAGGACAGCCGCCGUGUCGCGGAAAAGAUCAAGGAGGACUACAGCUACGUGUGCCAAGACAUUGUGCGCGAGUUCCGCCGCUUUGACGAGGACCCGUACAAGUACUUUGCACGGUACGACGGCGAGCACUCGGUCACCGGCCGCAACUACUCGGUGGACAUCGGCUACGAGCGCUUCCUCGCGCCAGAGAUCUUUUUCAACCCGGAAAUUGCCUCGUCGGACUUCCUCACGCCGCUCCCCGAAGUGGUCGACACGGUGAUCCAACAGAGCCCGAUCGAUGUGCGCCGUGGGCUGUACAAAAACAUUGUCCUGUCGGGUGGCUCGACCAUGUUCCAGCACUUUGGCCAGCGCCUCAAAAAGGACCUCAACUCGAUCGUGCAGGAGCGCCUGCACGCCUCGGAGGCGGCCGGCGGCAACCUCGCGCGCUCGUCGGGCCUCGAUGUGAAUGUCAUCUCGCACAAGAUGCAGCGCUAUGCCGUCUGGUACGGUGGCUCGCUCCUCGGGUCGCUGCCCGACUUUUACUCGUUCUGCUAUGACAAGAAGGAUUACGAGGAGCAUGGGCCGAGCAUCGUUCGCAAGUUUAGCGUGUUUGGCGGCGUGUAG